UCAACCUUAAAAAAAAUUAUAAUAAUAAAAACAGGGAUUCUGGGGAGAAAACCUGUUAUAAUCUUUACUGGGUUAAAGGUUUGCCACCCAGCAGGAUGAACCUUAACAAGCAGAGCGACAAUGGAUUAUGGAGAAUAUUUUGAAAGCCAUCAAUCAUUUUCCUUCCAUGUGUCACUUUUUAUUUACCUAUCACGUGGAUGUCUAUAUUUUUUUUGCAAGACAGUUUAGAAUCUCAAAAUUUCCAGUAUCUGUUAAAUUUCUUCCUUCUUUUCUUGGUGGUAGAAUAUCUCUGUGCUUUUGUAGGAAGCAAACAGUGUGAUUUUACAGCAGUUUAUGAUAGUAGAGAAAUUGGACUCCACCUCCAGCUGACAGUCAGGAUGCACAUAGUGUUUAAAGAGAGGUAGAUGGCAUGUGAUCCUGAUUUCAUCCUGUAAUGUUCCAAAGAGUAAAAGACUAGACGAGACACCUUUCACUUCAGGAAGAGGAUUGCUUAUCUAGAUUUUUGCCAAGAAUAAUUGACUUUCCUCUGCAACCUGGCGGAUAACACAGCGUGAAUUUGCCUGAGGAUCUCAAGUCUUUGUGCAGCCAUCAGAGGAUGAAGCUUUAGUUCAAGAUGCAGUUUCUUGUUUGAGUUUUCAGAGAAGCUGAGCAGUCAAGUAAAAUUUAUUGUUUUAAAGUCAGUUACACUGAUGUGUUUGAAGCUGCAGGAUUUUAAUUUACAGUGAGGCAAAGAGAAAAUUAUGGCUAAAAAUCUUGACAAACAAAAUCAUCAUUCAAUGGUGACGAAGAAGCACUGGAAGAAACCCAGCAGUACCACAGAUUUAUUUGAAAUGAUUGAAAAGAUGCAGGGCAGUAGGAUGGAUGAGCAAAGGUGCACCUUUCCUCCUACUCUGAAGACUGAGGAGGAUUACAUUCCAUACCCAAGUGUCCAUGAGGUUUUGGGGAGAAAAAGCCCCUUUCCUCUCAUCCUGCUUCCACAGUUUGGGGGUUACUGGAUUGAGGGCAUGAACCAUGAGUUGAGUGAAGCUGGAGACCCGGAGCACCACCGGCCUCCGUCACCCAACAGCCGCACUAAGCUGGAGUGUAACACAAUGGCUACACACUACAGGAAACACUUCCUGGGCAAGGAGCACUUUAAUUACUAUUCACUGGACAGUUCCCUUGGACAUCUGGUGUUCUCCAUAAAAUAUGAUGAGAUCGGUGACCAGGAACAUCUACGCCUUAUGCUCAGAACCAAGCUGAAAACCUAUUAUGAUGUGAUCCCCAUAUCCUGUUUAACAGAGUUUCCUAAUGUGGUCCAAAUGGCCAAGCUUGUCUGUGAGGAAGUCAACGUGGACCGCUUUUAUCCUGUGCUCUAUCCAAAAGCUUCAAGACUUAUUGUCACAUUUGAUGAACAUGUGAUCAGCAACAAUUUCAAAUUUGGAGUCAUCUACCAAAAGUUUGGACAGACAUCAGAAGAGGAGCUGUUUGGCAACAGUGAAGAAAGUCCUGCCUUCGUAGAGUUCCUGGAGUUUCUUGGAGAAAAGAUUGAACUACACCAUUUUAAAGGUUUCCGUGGAGGGUUAGAUGUGACUCAUGGGCAAACUGGCACAGAAUCUGUCUACUGCAACUACCGCAACAAAGAGGUCAUGUUCCACGUGUCUACGAAGCUGCCUUACACAGAGGGGGACACCCAACAGUUGCAGAGGAAAAGGCACAUAGGGAAUGACAUUGUUGCCAUUGUAUUCCAAGAGGAAAAUACUCCCUUUGUGCCAGAUAUGAUUGCAUCCAACUUUCUUCAUGCUUAUAUUGUGGUCCAAGUGGUCAACCCCUGCUCUGACAAUGUCGUCUAUAAGGUUUCAGUGACAGCUCGGGAUGAUGUUCCUUUCUUUGGCCCAGCCCUCCCAAACCCUGCCAUAUUUAAAAAAGGUCCUGAAUUUCAUGAGUUUCUGUUUACAAAACUAAUUAAUGCAGAAUAUGCAUGCUACAAAGCUGAGAAGUUUGCCAAAUUGGAGGAGCGAACACGAUCGGCUUUGCUUGAAACCCUUUAUGAGGAACUCCAUCUGAACAGCCAGGCCAUAAUGGGAGUUGGAGGCGAGGAUGACAAACUGGAGAAUGGGAAUGCAGGAGGAGGGGGCUUCUUUGAGUCCUUUAAGCGGGUGAUUCGCGGUAGGAGCCAGUCAGUGGAUGCCACGAGUCUAACUCUCAAGAAGCAACACUCAGUCUCCAAUAACCUGAGCAGCCACAGCCCUGCAGAGAAUCCUAAAUUCCCUGGGAUAUCAUUGCUUGUCCCAGGCAAAAGUCCCAGUAAAUAUGGACGCCGUGGCAGUGCCAUAGGGAUAGGAACAGUAGAAGAGUCUUUGAUUAUCCCGGGAAAAAGCCCCACAAGGAAAAAGUCAGGUCCUUUCAGCUCUCGCCGAAGCAGUGCUAUUGGGAUUGAAAACAUUCAAGAAGUCCACGAAAGAAGCAGAGAUGCAUCUCCACACACUCAGAAGACACCUGACAGUGGCCACGUUUCUCAAGACCAGAAAUCUGACAACUCAGAUCAGAGCUCUCCUGAAGUCCUCACAACCACCAAGAACAGCUCUUAUUUCUGUGGCAGGACCCCUUCCAUCCCUGAGGGCCAAGACCUCUCUCGCUCCUCCUCCAAUGCCAGCAGCUUUACCAGUGUGGUAGAGGAAAACGAGGCUCCAGAAGACUAUGACACUGGCAUGGAGAGUCUGUCUUCAGCUGGAACACCUCACAAGCGAGACUCUCUCACCUACAGCACCUGGUUGGAAGACAGCAUGAGCUGCACCAGCAGCAACAGUCGUGGCAGCUCUCCAGGGCAUGGUAAAUCUGAUCGAGGGAAAGCCACCGAUAUUCGAAUCAAACUAGAAAAAUCACAUGACCAUCAGUCAUCAAACUGUUAGCCCUGCCCACAGGAUUUUAUCCUGAAUCGCCAUCUUCAGAUGCCUGUCUUCUUCCAGAAGCAGUCCCAUAAGUCACUCCUUCUGAGACCCAUGCUUUUGACAUGUUGAGUGAAGAGGAGGAGGAUGAAGCUGAGAAAGGAGCAUCAGAUAAAGCCUGCAGUUGGCUGCUCAGGGAGGAAUGCAUCCAGAAACCCAGAGGACACAAGAAAGGGUUUUGCACAAUAAGGGGCCAGCUUUUGGUUUCAUUGCCUGUUCCCACAUUUGUUGCUUGGUUGUACUUUUAUUUUUUAAACCGACCCUUGGUUGUAAAAGUGCUUUUUUUUCAUCUGAAAAUAUAAAUGUUUGAUCUUUUAAAGAUGUCACUUGUUGAACUCAUGCUGUGCUGGCUGUUUGAAAAGUACAGAUUGUAUAGGUGUCCUUGUGAUGAAACCUUCCGCUUAAAGAUUAUGUCAUAAAUCUAUUUAAAAUCAAAUUAAAUCAUCACAUUUACAGGUAUAUCAUUGAAAUUGAAUCAAUUUGAUUUGUCACAGUUAAAUUAAGCUUUUUCUCUCAGCCAAGCAUGCAGUUACAGUAGCCGAAUGUGAAAACAUUACACAUUGAACCUUUAACACACUCCAUCUUCAGUGCAUGACAUACUGGUCACCUAAAUCAUAUAGUCUCCGACUUUACCACAAGCCCAAAAGGCAAAGAUGCACUAGAGAUUUUUUUUUUUCCCAUGAGAAGGAAGAAGUCAUGAGAGAAAUAUGGUCUCAGAGCUGCAAUGUGUAAAACUGUUUUUUGCCAUUUGACAAAAAUCAUAAACCUAAAAUCCUGGCAGCAAUAAGGAGUCUUUGUGACUUCUGCUCCAGUUCUGAACAUUUAAGUGCCAGCCUUUUCAUUUCUCCAAACAGUGACAUUACAUUAAAAUAGCUGUAAACACACUUCCCUUAAAUAUUUGAUCCACACUUAAGAUGAGUAAUGCAGCUGUCUAAAUGCCGCCUCAGUGGUUUGCCUGCCGACUCAACUGCAACUAUCUUUGCAGCUUGGGCAAUAAUUGUUUGUAGUCAUAAACACUGCCAGAAUUAUUUUCCCCCUUUUGUAGACAAAAUUUAACCUGUUUAAUUUUAUUGUUGUUGUUUUUUUUAAAUGUAGCGACUGAAUUUGGUGCUGACUGCAUCCUCUGAUGCUUGCAGCAUCCUCACCAACGUUUCGUGCAUGAAUAAUCUCAUGGGAAAAUAUGCUCACUUAAUCUUUACUGUGUUGCUAUAAAGGGAGCAAACAUUCGAUUUUUUCAUUUUCUGUGUGCACCAACUGGCUUUCACACUCAGGAUCUGGAGGACAUGUUUUCACUCUGUUUAUGUUAGUGCCCAUAAGGGUACUUUUUGUCUAUGAAAAAAACUGUUUUAAUGAUAUUUGCCUGUUUUGAAAAUCAUUGGUGUUUUCAUGUUUUCUGGCUCUAAAUUUUGAGAAAUGUUGUCCUUUAAGCAAAAUUUUUGGCUUAAUUGAAAUGCCAAAAUUGAAAGUUUUUUUCCUAAAAGGUUUAUCGGAAAAUGUUUCACCUGUUAAAUUGAUAAGUUUAUUAUAUGGCAGGUAAAAUUUAAACAGGAGAACAUGUUAGCUGCACUAAGACACUUUCUCUGAUUUCCAUUUUUUCUC